AUGGCUCAAAGACAUAAUGAGGAGAAUAUUUCUCGAUUUAUUAACAAAGAAUUACACAAAUAUAGUGACAAUGAUUCUGAUUUGAGUGAUGAGAGUGGUAGUGAAUACAUUUUAGGCACAUCUGGGAGUGAAGAAAGUACAGAUCAAAGUCAGAUUCAUGUAUGUAUGACAAUGCAAAACGCAUCACAAGCACACAAGAAGUUAUGUGCCGUAUAUGGGAAUGAAGCCUUGAAAGAAAGGCAGUGUCAAAAUUGGUUUGCCAAAUUUCGUUCUGGUGAUUUUUCACUGAAAAAUGCUCAACAAUCUGGCCGUCCAGUUGAAGUUGAUGAGACCCAUAUCAAGGCCAUUAUCGAUUCAGAUCAUCAUAGCACAACGCGAGAGAUUGCACAGAAGCUCAAUGUAUCACAUACGUGCAUUCAAAAAAAAUUAAAACAGCUUGGCUAUGUCAAGAAACUAAAUAUAUGGGUCCCUCAUCAGCUUAAGGAAAUUCAUUUGAUGCAAUGCAUUAGAAUCUGUGAUUCACUUCUGAAACGCAAUGAGAUUGAUCCAUUUCUGAAACGACUGAUUACUGGCGACGAAAAGUGGAUAGUUUAUAGCAAUGUUAAUCAGAAAAAAUCGUGGGUGAUGCGAGAUGAAUCAGCCCAGAUGACACCAAAAUCUGAAAUUCACCAAAAAAAGAUUAUGCUGUCAGUUUGGUGGAAUUAUAAAGGAAUUCUGUACUUUGAACUUUUACCAAGAAACCAAACGAUUAAUUCAAAUGUAUACAUUCAACAACUCGCCAAACUAAGCAAUGCAGUUCAAGAAAAACGGCCAGAAUUGACAAAUCGUAAGGGUGUUGUUUUCCAGCAUGAUAAUGCAAAGCCCCACACAUCUUUGGUCACUCAACAAAAAUUAUUGGAGCUAGGUUGGGAUGUGUUGUCACAUCCACCAUAUAGCCCUGACCUUGCACCUUCAAAUUACCAUUUAUUUCGUUCCAUGCAGAACUCCUUAAAUGGUAAAAUUUUUAAUGAUGCUGAUGAUGUAAAAACACAUUUAAUUCAGUUUUUUGCUGGCAAAAAUCAGAAGUUUUAUGAACAUAGAAUUAUGACACUGCCUGAAAGAUGGCAAGAGGUCAUUGACAAAAAUGGACAAUACCUAAUUGAAUAA